UUUCCUUCUCCUCGUGUUCUCUUCUCGCGUGGCUUUCCCCUUCUCCCUCACUUUCUCUUCUACUAACGCAAAGUGCAGCCCGACUUCAACUCUUCUCCUUUCUCAGUCGCCUUCGCGUCUCCUUCACAGUCGCCGACUCUUCAGCCCUUCGUGGUGGUUAGUUCAUGUGCGGCGUGCAAGAUUCUGCGCCGGAGAUGCGCUGAGAAAUGCGUAUUGGCGUCCUAUUUUCCUCUUUCUCAGCCUCUCAAGUUCCCCAUUGCUCACUGUAUCUUCGGCGCUAGCAACAUCAUUAUACUGCUUUGAAAUUUUUGUACGUGGUUGUAGCACUUUUUAAAGAUUUAAAGCAUUCAUUGAGCACAAAAAAUAAUGUAUCUAAGAUGACUACCGACUGCACUGGAGAUGCUGCUUUUGACAUGCUGCAACCGGAGCGUGACCUUCGCUUGAAUUGGGAAGUCGAUCUCGCCCAGAACCUUGAGCGAUAUCUCUUGCAGAUUUGCUCCGGUGAGUUUCAGUCCGACGAAGACGAGAACCACACUGUCAAUUUUGCUGAAGCUGCUCUGCUUCUCCAGGGCUCGAUUCAGGUUUACAGUCGGAAGGUUGAAUACCUUUACUCGUUAGUUUUGCGAGCAUUGGAGUUCCUUUCUGAAAGAAGACAGCAACAUCACUUAGAAGGGAACUCAAUAGAGGCUGAACAAAAUGGUUCUCAUAAAAUUGACGAGGGCGAGAACGAUCUAUAUUGGGUUUCAGAGGAUGUGCCAGUUGAUCCAAAGAAUACCCUGGACAGUACCAAGGAAGAUGUUUGGUUGAAUCAAACGGUAAAACCUCCUGCAAAUUUAAUCGUUCUUGAAGGUGAUUGCUUGGAUUCAUCUGAUAAUGGAGAACUAGAUUCAUACUUGUUGGCCACCGCUAGUAAUAUUUUCCAAGAUUUUAUACUUUUAGAUUCGUCUGAUGUUAAAACAUUCGAAGAUUUUAUGAAUGAGAACAAUAAGUUUGGAAAAAGUCAUAAUAGUGCACGUAGGGGCAGCUCGACCCGCAGGAGUUGUCAGUCUCAAUCAACUAUGCAAAGAUCAUCUUUUGGCAAGACUCAGGUUGGUGAUCAUGCUGCUGCUCAAUCACCACUUGUCAGCGGUAGCUUCGUACAUGAUCCUCUUGGAAAUUCUGAAUCAGACGACUCAAAUGGUUGUGAAGAUGAUGAUGAUUUUUGGAAGCCUUUGAAUCCUCAUGAACCAGGAAAUUUGAAAAUAAAACCAUUUAGAAAAGUUAAAGCUUUUAAAAAGAACUAUAAGAAAUCUGGUAAGCAUGAGUUUCUAAUAGCUUUGUUUCCAAUGGCGAAACUACAUGGCCCCGUUAGUCAAGAGUUUGCACAGAUUUGGGAAGAGCAGAACCAGGGAUUCGAAGCUCAUAAAGAAUCCAAAUCUGUUUUAUUAUAUGAGAAGUUGCGAAAUUCACUUAUCAAUGAAGGUCAUAAAAGUUGUGAUUCCCUUUCUGAUAUGGAAGAUGACAAUAUCGAUAAUGGUUUUGAAGACGCAAUGCCUGAUGUCAAUCAUCCAGAUAUUGGUGACCCCAACGAUCAUUUUAUGGAUGAGGCUAUGUGUUUUGGGAAUGAAAAGCAUGAUGUUGCGGCUCAUUUUGAUAAUGGUGAAGCAUAUGAACCUGAAUUUCCAGAUUCUCGUUCAAGUCUAGAAGAUCUUUGUCGCUCUCAUCUUGAUGCCCUCCUUGCAAGCAUUGCUGAGAGUGAGAAGCAGACAGAAAUGGCCACUCGAGUCUCUACAUGGAAACAAAAUAUUGAACACAAUUUGGAAGAUCAAGACAAACACCCGCCGUUUGAUAUUCAUGAAUACGGUCAAGCAAUUCUUGAAGAAUUAUCUAGUGAUGCUGACAGAGGAGGUCUCGUGCCUUUCUCUAAUGUUGUUGAAAGGCAGGAAAAGUACAAUGUGGCACGAAGUUUUUCCGCUCUACUUCAGUUGGUGAACAACGGAGAUGUGGAGCUGGAAAAGAAUGGGGUUGAUGGGGAGUCAAUUUGCUAUACUAAUGUUAAUCCAUUCUACAUUAGGCUUGUUCGCCACAAGAAACAGGUUUCAAGAGAAAGGUUUCUGUCCCCAUGUAAAACUAAUACUGUCAAAGAAUCUAGUGUGAGAGACAAGAAAGGACGAAAGUAGGGAGACAAAGAUCUUGAUUUGUUGAACCAGUUGAUUAACAUUCUACUGGACGACAAUCUAAUGUACAGUUGAGUAUUUGUAUAUAUAGUAAAGCAAUUCAACACAGGUUGUUGUGGCGUUGAGCAUCAACCUUUUGUUGGGGACAUAUUUCUGCUUCCCUCGUUUAGAUUACUUUAUUUGAUGUAAUUUUCAAUGGCGGGGCUCGGGAGAAGUAUAUAUUUCCACUUCUGUUUUUAUUCC